CGCUCUGCCUAAACGACUCGUCGUCGCUCUGGGUGUUUCUUUGAUGGGACAGCAUUCGGUUCAGCGAACCGCCGUGAUCGCAACCGUCUCCUUCUUCUUCUUCCUCGGACUCCUUGCCGUUUUAGCAGGUUUGGAUGGUACCGGAACCCUGGUGUCCUUGUCGCUGGGUUUCGACAAAGGGACCAACAACACGCUCCCUAGUCCGCAUCGCAAACUUCUUCGUCGUGCGACUGAAAUGGUGGAACCGAACCGAAUAUGGGGUGACAAAUGCAGCAAAUCUGAUAUUGUGAUCAACCAGGGUCCUACGGCCCCACUCCCAAGUGGCAUUCCCACCUACACUGUUGAGAUCAUGAAUAUGUGCGUAAGUGGAUGCGACAUCUCUGGUAUUCACCUCAGAUGCGGCUGGUUCAGCUCUGCACGCCUCAUCAACCCCAAGGUCUUCAAGCGCCUUCGUUACAACGAUUGCCUCGUCAAUGAUGGCAGACCCUUAAUCAAUGGCGGUACAAUUUCCUUUCAGUAUGCCAACACCUUCCUCUACCCUCUCUCCGUGUCCUCUGUAGUCUGUGUCUGACCCCUUUACAUGGUAC